GCACUUAGAUCAACCUUUUCAUUUUUUGGUCAGCCCCCAGCCGAAGCUACCUUGAGUGGCCUGUAAAAAGGGCUGAGAUUUCGCAAAAUGUUUGUGAAGGUGAUCAAGAGCAAGGCGUACUUUAAGCGCUACCAGGUCAAGUUCAAGCGUCGUCGCCAGGGCAAGACCGACUACCAGGCGCGCCGCUUCCUGGUCGUCCAGGACAAGAACAAGUACAACACGCCCAAGUACCGCAUGAUAGUGCGCUUCACGAACAAGGAUAUCGUCACGCAGAUAGCGUACGCCAGGAUUGAGGGGGAUGUCAUCGUAUGUGCUGCAUACGCCCAUGAGCUCCCUCGCUACGGCGUCAAGGUCGGGCUGACAAACUACGCUGCAGCUUACUGCACAGGUCUCCUGUUGGCCCGCAGGAUCCUGAAGAAAUUCAACCUGGACUCCCUGUACGAGGGCCAGCCAGAGGUGACGGGUGAGGAGUUCCACGUGGAGAGCGUGGAGGGCCAGGCAGGUGCUUUCCGCUGCUACCUGGAUGUGGGGCUGGCCCGGACCACCACCGGCGCUCGGGUGUUUGGCGCCCUCAAGGGGGCAGCGGAUGGUGGCUUGGACAUCCCGCACAGCAACAAGCGCUUCCCUGGCUACGACGCAGAGAGCAAGGAGUUCAACGCCGACGUCCACCGCAAGCACAUCCUGGGCGGGCACGUGGCCGACUACAUGAGGUCGCUGGCGGAGGAAGACGAGGAGGCCUUUAGGCGACAGUUCUCCCAGUACAUCAAGCUGGGCAUUGAAGCGGACGGGAUCGAGGAGAUGUACAAGAAGGCGCAUGAAGCCAUCCGCGCCGACCCAGAGGCCAAACCCAAGGAGAAGAAGGAAGUCAAGACGAAGAGAUGGAACCGAGCCAAGAUGUCCCUUGCCCAACGCAAGGACCGCGUCCGUCUGAAGAAGGCGUCUUACCUGAGAGCCAACCAAGACCAGGAUUAAACCCAGCCUGCCAAACAACCAGAUCCACUCAAGCAUCUAAAACAGGAAAACUCCAAGAGUACAAUCUGACCAGUAUCUUACUUUCCACCCUGUACUUCGCGAGAGUCUAAUGAGUAUUGCCCAGAGAGAGAAGAGAAAUGAGAUUAAAUGCGUAAAACAAUAGCAGGGAAAACA